AUGCCUUCAGGUGCUGGAGAGGUAAACUGUGAUGCCUCUAUUGAGUCUAGAAUUCAUCAGGACUUUCUGACACAGUUGCAGUCAAGUAGAUUCAAUGGUGUAUUAAGACUUCGCGGGAAAUACGUGCGUCGCACUAUAGCAACUUCUCCUCCCACUAAAAGGCCACGAGAGUGUUCUGAUAAGAAAGGGCCAACAGAACUCCCACAAGAUGAUAUUGCCCUCUCUGUAUUGAAGGCCAUUGGUAAAGUCUCUGACGCUCCCUUGCGAGGACUGGAGCUCCGUCACGCAAGGAUCACUGCCAGUCAUAUAGGCUGUAGUGAGAAGGAAGAGAAAGAGACAGAAGGAGAGCUGAACGAGAAGGCUUCGGGUCCACUCACACUGUACACUUAUUUUUCUCUAGGAAAUUUCGUUUCUUUGCGUAUCCUCGAUUUGGAGUGCAACAAUCUUGGAGAUGACGGUGUUACGCAACUAUGUCAAUGGUGUUUACCACAACUGAAGUUUCUUCACUCUUUAUUUCUUGCCAGCAAUGACUUUGGACUGACUGGGUUGGAGGCAAUUGUACAGUAUGUAGAGAAAUACCACGUGUCUGAUGCUGUUCCUCGUGUUACCGCUGAGAAGAGUGAACUGCAUGGACUGGAGGCGGUUGGUCUUUCAAACAACGCCAUUUGUGUAAAGGAUGAGUCUACCGCAUUGCUUUGCCGACUGCUACUCGCUUGUCGACGUGUAUUGCACCGUUUGCACAUGAAUCAUGUUCACAUGUCCACUGCUUCGUCGGUGUCUUUGCUCAAACUCGUUACUUCAAUAAAUGACGAACAAAUUCCGAGAUUUCCCCAUCUGCAGGCCAUAUAUAUCAAGCAGAAUGAAAUUGAUAUGGAUGAGUUUCGAUCGAUCCAGCAGAGAGUUAGUGCCGUGUCUGCACCUGCUGCUGCUGCCGCACAUACUUUUGUCGUUUAA